ACUUUAUGCUUUUGAUUUCUACCUGUUUCGCCUGUCGAAUUUGUAUAAAUUUUUUUUAAUCUAUUACAAUGUCCCUUUCCAUAAAAUCGUGAGUGCAAUGAAUUUUAAUAAGUCGUAAACAUUAAAAUAAUGGCUCCAACUAUUCAAGUGAACGGUACAGUUGCAGAACGGGAAAAAAGAUCAGUGCGACAGGAGGACAGAAGAUCGGAGUUACUAUGUAGAAUUAAAUUCUGCAAUACCCUUCCGGACAUUCCGUUUGAUUUGAAAUUCAUAACAUAUCCUUUUGAAUCAACCAGAUUCAUUGACUAUAAUCCAACUUCCUUGGAGAGAAAUCACAAAUACGAUGUUCUGACGGAACAUGAUCUCGGCGUUGAGGUCGACUUGAUAAACAAAGACGUUUAUGCCAUCGAUUUGAAUGUUUCUUUGGAUCCUGCGGAUGAGAAACUUCUUGAGGAAGAUAUCUUGACUCCACAGGAUUCGAAACGUUCCAGACAUCAUGCUCGUAGCGUCUCUUGGCUUCGACGUACUGAAUACAUUUCCACCGAACAGACACGUUUCCAACCUGGAAAUGUCGAGAAAGUCGAAGCCAAAGUUGGUUUCAGUAUUAAGAAAAACUUCAAGGAGGAGACACUUUAUAUGGACAGAGAUGGUCAAAUAAAGGCCAUCGAGAAAACUUUCGAGGACAAUAAGAGACCGAUCGAGAGACAUUACAGUAAAUCUAAUGUCGUGCCAAUCGAAAUCUUACCCGUCUAUCCUGAUUUUAAGUUGUGGAAAUAUCCUUGUGCUCAAGUUAUUUUCGAUUCUGAUCCCGCGCCUAUUGGUCGAUCGGUUCCUGCUCAAAUUGAAGAAAUGUCCCAGGCAAUGAUUCGGGGUGUGAUGGACGAGAGUGGAGAGCAAUUUGUCGCCUACUUCUUGCCACAAGAAGACACUUUGGAUAAACGUAAGCGAGAUCAAAUGGCCGACAUCGAAUAUGCAGAGGAUGAGGAAUAUGAUUAUAAAAUGGCUCGCGAGUACAAUUGGAACGUUAAGAGUAAAUCGUCCAAAGGUUACGAGGAGAAUUACUUUCUUGUCAUGCGCGAAGAUGGGGUGUAUUAUAACGAAUUGGAAACCCGAGUACGACUCAAUAAGCGUAGACAGAAAGCUGGACAACAACCGAACAAUACAAGAUUGGUUGUUCGUCAUCGUGUUCUAAAUGCGACUGAAUUCCGAAUGCAACGUUAUCGGGAGAAACAACUCGAACCACCGAAUGAUGAAGACGAUGAGGAGGAGGAGGAAGAGGAGGAGGAAGAAACUCAACUUAUUCCUGACAGAACCGAAGAUAAAGCUGGUUCUGAUAAUGAAGAGGGAUCGAGGGCUUCUUCUCGUGCUUCGUCUCGAGCUUCACGAACAUCACGUGCUUCGCGUACUUCUCGUGCUUCACGUACUUCUCGUGCUUCUUCUCAAGCUUCGAGUAGAAAAUCAGGUUCACGUUCCAGGUCCGGAUCACCAGCGAAAUCGAGGUCCCGAUCGCGUUCACCAUCUAAGGCUCGCUCACAACGUUCUGUCUCUAGAUCUCAACGUUCUGUCUCUCGAUCUCAACGUUCUGUGUCAAGAUCUCAACGCUCUGCCUCCAGAUCUCAACGCUCCGUUUCUAGAUCCCAACGUUCUGUGUCACGAUCCCAACGUUCUGCUUCUAGAUCCCAGCGAUCGGUGUCUCGCUCCCAGUCCAGGUCCUCAUCAAAAGCCCGCUCGACUUCAAGAUCUCGAUCACGAUCCGCAUCCAAGUCCCGAUCAGUAACUCCACAAUCGAGAGCCUCUUCCAAAUCUAGAUCCCCCUCGAGGUCCCGUUCUCGCUCAGGAUCUAAAUCUCCUUCUAAAUCUCGAUCAGCUUCUCCGGCAAAGUCUCGAUCAGCGUCUCCGGCAAAAUCGAGAUCUCAAACACCAGCCAAGUCGAGAUCGCGAAGUCCCGCUAAAUCCAGAUCACAAUCAAAAUCACCGUCUAGGUCGAGAUCGGGUUCGAAAUCACCAUCGAAAUCCGGUAGUGGAAGCGGCAGUGGCAGUGGAAGUGAAAGCAGCGAAAGUGGUUCUGAAGCCGAGUAAACAAAAAAAAGCAGGAAAAAGAAAUGGAAUUUUGUAAAUUUAUAAAUUUUACCCCCAUGGUUCGAUUCAUUUACUGGAAUGUGCAUGUAAGUAUUGUGAAUUAUUCGACGUUAAUAAUUCUACUGAUCAAUUCUAUUUUAGUAAUUUUUCUUCUGCGUAUUGAAAAAAAAUUGACUCGAAUGAAAGAUAUUCUUUCAUUUUAAUUUUGUGAUGAAUUUUUUAGUAAAUGUACUCUGAGGUACUUUAAAUAUUUUCCUUAUUUUUAAAUAGCUUUCUCGUUUUUUGGUUUUGAAAAUUUUAACUCAAGAAGUUGAGAAGAUCAAAAUUUAAUUCAAAAUUUACUGAUCAGGAAGUGGAAGCAUUCUUUUAUACACUAAAGUUAGAAAAUUUAGGAUAUGUCUGUACGAGGGAUUAAUUUUAAUAAAAUAGAUCUAUUAUACAAUAA